CACUUUCCUUUAUUUUGGCCCUGUUAUCCUUCCGUGCGAGAGCAGUGUGAAAGGGAACCUGUUUGCGCAUGUACCGUAACCACUGGCAAGUAUCCCAUCUCCUUCUGCCCCAACCUGGCACCUACUAUCGUCCCCCUUCCACUUCGAGUAAAUGGGUCUCGCUUGCACUUGUUGUGGCAAUCGUUUCGUUUUGUAGAGAAAAGCGAGACGAGGACGAAAAGGACCUUCGUGCGAUGGAACAGCAACAGGAUUGAAUAUAACAGGACGCCAACAAACGGAGUGUUAUCAUUUCGAAAAGUGUUAAAGUCAAAUAAACAUUGGGCGCGUAAUAAAGGAAGAUAGUCUCUUAUCAGUAUAAAAAAAACAGAGCUUAUCAGGAGCUUAAAACGAUUUAGAAAACGAUAUAAACACCAUUAAACGCAUGUGUCUGUACUUGGGAGUCGCGGAGCAUCUGAUGGAUGUGGUGGCCUUCUGCAUGUGCCGUGUCCUGGAGCUCUCGCUGCUCACCUGCAUGAUGGUCUGCGGAUCUUUGAGGGCCAAACUGACCAACGGCCCGACCAACGAACUGGAGCAAUGACCCCGGAACUACGAGUGCUGCUAGGCGGGGG